AUGGAGGUCUUCCUGACCAACGUGCCUAGGCACCUUACGGAUCGAACUCUGGAGAAGGAGCUUAGGCCGCACAUGAAAGCUCUCGGCAUCCUUGAAUGGGCAUGCUCAACGAAGAGCAAGAACGACAGGGGCUGGGUGACGUUCCUCAAAGCAGAAGACGGAACACGCUUUCUGAAACGUCAUGGAAAGGUCAUCCUUCCUGAUGCUGGGGCUACAUUCAAGCCCACUUCGAAAGGAGGAAAGCCUCCAAAGGAACGGGCGAGAGCAAACCUGUUUCUGAUGAACACCCAUGUCUAUGUGGCCCCAAGCAACAGACCACCCGACCCUUUCAUGAUCAAGAGUCUUACCCAUCGUCUGGAGGAAAAACACAGACAGCGGACUCAGCAAGAUGCUCCCUCUACCGACGACGCCAUCGUUUUUCAAGUCAGCCACUUGGCUUGCGGCCACAACACUUUUCAGCCAGACAAGACCUUGACCUUCAACGAACAAUGUCGCCUUUCUCAAAGAGGCCUAGCAAAGUUUGGCAAGAGAAUGCUCAUUCUAAAGUUUGAGCAGGGAGUCAAAGUCGAGAUCCCUCACUCCUCCAUCGUCGAGAUGAUACACACAUCUGUUCCCUCCAGUUUCACCCUUCUCCUCAGCGAACCACCACGCUUCUAUCAUACAAAGUCCGAUUUGGAACAACAGAUGGAACGUCUAGGCUUGGUCGAUGAUGCCAAGAGACCUCGGGGAAAGUCACUCACUCGUAGCCUUGGUCUAUCCAGCAGUAAGGAGCAUUUGAAGUGCGCGGGAACAUGUCUCGUCUACCAGCUGGGAAUUUUCGGUCCCGACUUCGAUCAUAAGAUCAUCAGCCUCAAGAAGAAGGAAAUCAUCGUUAUUGCGCACUCAAAAGUCGCUCUCAACCAGAUGCCCAUCUUUUACGGAGUUGACUACCACACUGAGUGGGCCAAAUUCUACGAUGGCCUAGUCAAGGCCGGAUCCGCCAAGGCAUUACCUUUUGGCAUCCUGUUUCAGCUGCAGUCCUUGGUCUUCAACAACUUUUUGCAUCCACGCAGUGCUCACACCAUGUUGAUGUCCCUAGAGAAAUUGUUUCAAAGCGCCAAGUUAGAUGGCAAGCCGGAGCCCGUUUCCCAGCAGGCGUUCAAGGUUUUGCAUGGCACUGGCCACGAUGGAAUCGACUACCCGUGUCAUAACACUGACCCAAGUGACCUGGAUCCCAACGAGAUUCUGAAAUACCUCAUCUCCACUGAGAAACGUCUGCAAUCCGAAAGCAACAUCGAGUUCAGAGAUGUCCUGCUUGAGCCUGAGAUAACCGAUCAUCAUGCCUGGAUUCUCAAGGCCACAGUGACCCCGACGAGAAUCACCUUGCAUGGACCUGAUCUGGAGCCUCUCAAUCGCAUACUUCGCAAAUAUCCAAACCAGACGGACUAUUUCAUGAGAGUCACCUUCGCCGACGAAGAUGGUAGUGAUCUAUUCUUCAGUGGCAAGGUUUCCUACGAUAAAAUCUUCGACCGCUACAAGAGCAUCCUAGGCAAGGGCCUGGAGAUUGCUGGUCGAGUCUAUGGCUUUCUUGGUUUCUCCCACUCGUCACUGCGAUCCCAUUCAGCAUGGUUUUCAGCUCCAUUCUUUGACGAUUGGAACAAACUGCAACUGUACGGAAACAUCAUCAAAUCGUUAGGUGAUUUCGACAAGAUACAAAUCCCGGCCAAGUGCGCCGCUCGCAUCGGACAGGCCUUUUCGGAAACCCCCUCAUUCAUUUCCAUCAGCGAGGCCGACAUCAACCGCUGCUAUAUCCCAGAUGUCAAAUCAACGGAGGGGAAAACUGAACGCGUUUUCAGCGAUGGUGUAGGCACAAUCUCCCGCGAAGCUCUCGAGCUGAUUUGGCCCCGCCUGCCACGAGGCUCGUUCCAUUCUACUUGUUUGCAGAUCAGGUGGGGAGGUGUCAAAGGAAUGCUAUCUCUGGACACAAGGCUUCAGGGUCGAGCGGUGUGCAUUCGAAAAGAGUCCAUGGAGAAAUUCCCCAGUAAGGAUUGGGAGAAUCUCGAAAUUUGUGACGUGGCAUCACGGCCUCUCAAACUGGUGCUGAAUCGGCAAUUGAUUAAGAUUAUGGAAGACUUGGGUGUAUCCAAGCAAUGGUUUCUCCGACUGCAGAAGAUGGAGCUUGAUCGACUUCGGGCAGUAACAGCCGAUGCGUACAACACGGCAACAUUCUUGCAUCUCCAGGCCAUCGGCACAAGUUUCUUCUUGUCGACCUUUGUCAAAAGCCUUGACAAAUACGGCAUAGACUACCGUCAAGACAGGUUCUUGAGAGCAGUGGUCGAGUCGAUUGUUCUACGGGAAUUGCGAUUGUUGAAGCACAAAGCCAGAAUACCCGUUCCCAAUGGCGCCACCCUUUUUGGAAUCAUGGAUGAGACGAAGUUUCUCAAGGAGGGCCAGGUCUUCGUCUCUUUUGACACUUUUCGAAGACCUGGAAAGCCAGCCACUGUCGGAUCUAUCAAGGAUGGUACCUUCAUGCUCGUGACGCGCUCGCCAGCUCUUCACCCCGGCGAUAUUCAGCGAGUUAUGGUUAGAGUACCACCGGCAGGUCACCCCUUACGGAACCUCCGCAACUGCAUCGCGUUUAGUCAGUUUGGAGAGCGCGACUUGCCUAGCAAGCUAAGCGGCGGUGAUCUUGAUGGCGAUUUGUACAACAUCAUCUGGGACCAAGAUGCAAUGCCCGCAAUGGUAUAUGAAGCUGCCGACUACCCCAGAGUAACACCGGAGCCACUUGGUCGAUCAGUGACGAGAGAAGACAUGGCCAAUUGGUUUGUUGACUUCAUGAAGUCUGACGUACUCGGCAUGAUUGCCACUAGGCAUCUAAUUCUCGCCGAUAAGCAUCAUGAAGGAACUGUGAGCGGCGACUGCAUCAAACUAGCCGGUCUACACUCAACUGCUGUGGACUUUUCGAAGACAGGCAUCCCAGUCGCGCGGGAAGAUAUCCCAAAGGCGCCCAUUUUUCGCCCGGACUUCCUCGCGCCCGCACCCCCUGCUCAGCUGUACGAUCGAACGCAGAUUGACUUCCUUGGCAAAGACGAGGCAGUCGACGACGAUGACGACGAUUUCGUACCAUCUUACCGAUACUACAAAUCAGAAAAAAUCCUCGGCGAGCUUUAUCGCAAUGUCGACGAAAAGCAGAUCUGGGAUGAUGAAAUCAAGAGAUCCAUCCCCAAGACCGGACCCUCGGUUUGGGACCAGUUUGUAGGCUUAAUAGAGCGAAAGAUCAAAGACUAUACUCAUGGGCGAGUGAGCUGGGAAACGAAACUUAGGGAGGCGAAAAGCUUGCGCGAUGUAUACGAAGACCAUCUCUUCAGUGCCAUGAGAACGUACUCUGACAGUCACUUGAAGCAACUGACAGAAGUUGAGGUGUUCUGCGGCUCAAUCUUCAACAAGACUGGCGCGCAGACUCGUCGUCAAAAAGACAACUCAAUGAAGCUCAAGCAAGAGUUCGAUCGACUAGCCGACCUCAUGGUGCAACAAAUGCGGCGCAAGUUCCGCAAUGUUGGAGACAAAGCUGUCAAACCUACCGAUGUCUACAAUAAUCCUGCACCGACUGGCACCGGCCAGAUUGACGACGACAUCGAACGGCUCUUGGCACCGAACAAGGAUGCGUUGGAGAUGUCAUAUGCGUGCUUCAUGGUCGGUUUGCUGCCGAGUACCGACAUUGAGCGCGGACACCGAGCAACACAGCUGGAAAGCUUCAAGGUUAUUUCGGCGGGUGUCUUGCUCAAAGAGCUCACCGAGCUUGCCAAUCGCGUGAAGGGUGGCCGAUUGGUCAACCCCAGCAACGGCGACGCUGCGGGCGGUGGGUUUGUAGGUGUCAGUGAUGGGCCAGCAAUGUCCUAUAUGUACAUCGGCUAUGAUGUGGAUGUCGGGCAGUAUCCCAAUUAUGGAUACAGCCAUUACAUGUAG